GCAGCGUAGUGCUGGAAGUGUCGCUAAUAUUUCACAUGGCAUGUCCAAACCCUAAUAUCUCUUUGGGGUUCUAUCGAGCACGGUGCGAGAGCCGCUAUUAGACAGGACCUGAGGUUCCUACCUGGCCGAAACUACUUACUCACCUUACCACUUUCCCGAAUCCGAAAGUCGCAUAUCGCGCUGCCGUUGUUAGCAGGCGAAGGAGGAAAUCUGUGCGAUCCUGUGCCGGGCCAAGGUGUCUGCUUGUUCCGAUUCAAAAUUCUGCACGGAUCUGUGUUACCUCUUCCGAGUUUCAGAGGAUCUGACAGGAAGUCGUCAGCUGACAGAAGGAAGGCGCCAUGGCGACGAGGUCGCAGUUCGAAAAUAGCAGCGAAAUUGGAGUCUUUUCAAAGCUAACAAAUGCUUACUGCCUUGUAGCUAUAGGAGGAUCUGAAAACUUUUACAGCACAUUUGAAUCUGAGCUAUCAGAUGUCAUCCCCGUUGUUAAAGCUUCCAUCGCAGGCACCAGAGUAAUUGGACGAAUGUGCGUUGGCAACAAAAACGGCUUGCUUUUGCCAAAUUCAACAACGGAUCAAGAAUUGCUGCAUAUGAGAAACUGCCUCCCUGACAGUGUCGUCGUUCAAAGGAUUGACGAACGAUUAUCGGCUCUCGGAAAUUGUAUCACAUGCAAUGAUUACGUUGCACUGAUCCACACUGAUUUGGACAAGGAAACUGAGGAACUGAUAGCCGACGUCUUGGGGGUGGAAGUAUUUAGACAAACUAUUGCCGGCAAUAUUCUUGUAGGAAGUUACUGCGUGUUUUCAAACAGAGGUGGUCUGGUGCAUCCUCAUACUUCAAUCGAAGAUUUGGAUGAGUUGUCGUCACUCCUUCAAGUGCCACUGGUGGCUGGGACAGUGAACCGAGGUAGUGAGGUCGUCGGUGCGGGACUGGUAGUUAACGACUGGACUGCUUUUACUGGAAUCGAUACCACAGCUACGGAGCUCUCGGUCAUCGAGAGCGUAUUCAAACUGAGAGAAGCGCAACCGAGUGCUAUUGUAAACGAGAUGAGAGCAUCUCUUAUUGAUAGCAUGACAUGAGAGAAAUACGUCCUUGGCUGCACUAAUUUUAUGCUUUUUAGAACACUUCUGUACCCAUGUGGUUCAAGUAUAUAGCCAACGAAAGUUGUAAUCUGUAAAUGCGGGAUUCAUACAACGUAGAGGGUUCAGAACAAAUUCUGCUCAUGAGUUUGGGACGGCAGAGGGCUUUACUCUUAAGCGUUUUGAGCAUACUGAGGUAGUCUAGGCCAGAUUACCUCUCGACAUGACAUCACACUGGACGAGUUGGGGUCGAUUAAAAACUCUGUCGAAGACUCCAGUUGACCGUCGUUCAUAAACCCCUCGAGACUCCCAGACGAGGGAGAGAGUUCGAGAAUUUUUCUUACACACAGAGGACGACGUUUACUGAGGAAAGGAAGGCAAUAUGUGCAGAAGCAUCUGCUCCUUUUCGGAAUAUGUGGUGUCCUGGUUUGAAUGAAGCGAAACUUCUAGUGGACAG